ACUCAUGCUUGUACGGAACAUGGGGGACCUAUUGCAGCAAAGCGGAGGGUCUGAAAGUAACUGUCUAGCGCUGGGACUAGCGAUGGAUAACGCGGGAGGCUUAUGACCCCUGACCGGUCGACGAUCGAGACAGCGGGGUAGACGCCCUAUGCGAGUAUAAAACCUCGGGAUACAUGACAAACAGUCCAGAUACCUGUGCCUUAUCAUCUUCUUUUUUUGACUCAAACCAAAAGUAUCCACAUCAAGUAUCACCCCACAUCACAGUCAACAUGCCUACUGGAGGAUGUAUGUGCGGCAACGUCCGCUAUGAGGUGCAGGGCGACAUGGAAGCCCAGAUCCUUUGCCAUUGUUAUGACUGUCGCAAAAUCUCCGGAACGACCUAUUCGACCAACGCCCUCCACGGCAAGGAUGGAUUCAAGAUCCUCCAGGGAACUCCAAAGGAACACAAGAAGACAGCGGAUAGCGGGAACAAUAUUACAUCCUUCUUCUGCGGUGAUUGCGGCACCACCAUGUGGCGAGAAAGUGACAGCUAUACUGGCAAGAUGAUAAUCAAGGUAUAUCCACAGGUAUAUAUGGCUGGCCGGCCCUGCUAAGUGGUGAACAGGUGGGAACUCUAGACGAUCAUAGCAUCCUUGACAACUUCAGCACCAAGAUGGAGUUGUUCACCAAGAACAGGCCCAAGUGGGUUGGCACUCAAGAGGGCGCCGCUCAAAAGUAAACCAUGGCUUAAGCGUUAUGGCGUUUGUUUAUGGACA